CUCGGCGGUCACGCGCAGCUCGCGCCUGCAGAACUGCGGUUGCGGUUCUGAGCGGGCUCUGGGGCUGUUUCCAUUGAGUGACCAGGAAGGGCUUCCGGGCAGGUGGAUUUUGAGACAACAUGUCGGCUUCGGUGAAAGAAAGCCUUCAGCUUCAGCUACUGGAAAUGGAAAUGCUGUUUUCCAUGUUUCCUAACCAAGGAGAAGUAAAGCUUGAAGAUGUAAAUGCCUUGACGAAUAUAAAGAGAUAUUUGGAAGGCACCAGGGAAGCGCUACCACCAAAAAUUGAAUUUGUGAUUACGCUCCAGAUUGAGGAGCCCAAGGUGAAAAUUGAUUUGCAAGUAACCAUGCCUCACAGCUACCCCUACGUAGCACUGCAGCUGUUUGGACGGUCAUCUGAGCUUGACAGACAACAGCAGCUACUUCUCAACAAAGGUCUCACUUCCUACAUCGGGACUUUUGAUCCAGGUGAGCUCUGUGUAUGCGCAGCAAUCCAGUGGCUACAGGACAACAGUGCGUCCUAUUUCCUGAGCAGAAAGCUCGUGUAUGAACCAUCUACCCAGGCAAAGCCCAUCAAGAACACGUUCAUCCGCAUGUGGAUCUACAGCCACCAUAUAUACCAGCAGGACCUAAGGAAAAAGAUUUUGGAAGUGGGGAAAAGGUUGGAUGUGACGGGAUUUUGCAUGACAGGAAAGCCCGGUAUAAUCUGUGUGGAGGGUCUCAAAGAGCACUGUGAGGAGUUCUGGCACACAAUUAGGUACCCCAACUGGAAGCACAUUUCCUGUAAGCAUGCAGAAAGCACUGAGACCGAAGGAGAUGGCGAGGACCUGCGUCUUUUCCAUUCUUUUGAAGAAUUACUCCUUGAGGCCCAUGGUGACUACGGAUUAAGGAAUGACUAUCACAUGAAUCUGGGCCAGUUCUUAGAAUUUCUCAAGAAACACAAAAGUGAGCAUGUUUUUCAGAUACUAUUUGGCAUCGAGAGCAAAAGCUCAGAGUCCUAGGAAGUCAUUAAGAGGCCUGUAUUUGUAAGUUCACUCAGUAUUUAUGUUAACAAGACCAAAGUGCAAAGGCCAAGGCUGUGUAGCAUCCUUGGUGGAAGACCUAGCUCCAGGAUUUUUACCUGGUAAUGAAUUUCAACUGGUCAUGAAAUGAAAGGGCCUUUUAACUUUAUAACUGUAAAGUUGUGAUGUUAUCUCUAGGUUCUUGUAUUAAGUCACUUGAAACAAUUUCAUUGUAAGUUAAUAAAACAUUUAACCAGUAGAGUUGAUUUAAGAUGAGUCCAAAACCCAGUUAACAUCAAAUAGCAGACUGCAGUUGUAUAUUCAUAAAUAUUAAUAACAUUCCUCCUUUUCAUGAUGCCAGUACACGGGUGACAUGCCAACUUGUUUUUCGUUAUUUUAGGUGAGUUCUAAAUCAAGGAUAAAAUGAGAGCAAAGGGAGAGCACAUGUUUACCACAUUUCUUUACGUUAAACCUCUGAUUUGCGUGUUUUCUUUGAGUUACACUAGAUCCUGACAGCAAUGGCAGAGGAAUCAUAGGAAUGAAGCUGCAAGAGGAAUGAAGAUGAUGCGCAAUGCUAC